AUGGUGGAUUCUCACGUUCUCGAUGACGUUUUGUAUCUCUGGCCAUUUUCUGUGUAUGCUUUUGAAUGGAGUGGAAAAUGGAGCCCAAUGAAGUCUACGUUUACGGCAAUUACUGGAAGGAUGUUUAUUGGCAUACGAAGCGUAGACUGCAAUGUGCACCCUUCUCGAUUUCGACCAAGACAAUGUUUGCUCCAUUAUCUUUCUGGAGACCACAAUAAAGGGUCUCCUUCUGCGAAACGAAAUUCGACAGGAUGUGGAAUAGUGCAGAGAAUACCCGUAGGAUGA